AUGUUGAGCAGACCGGAGAUCCGACCAGCAAAACUUCUGUCAAACCACUCCUACCAGCAUCCAAACAAGCUACUCAUUAACGAAUCCUUUUACAGUGUGCCAUUCGACCAUUUCGAACCCGAUGGCCGCCAGCUCCGGAUCUUCUGCCGGACGGCUGAGCCAUUUGCAAAGGCAGUCAACCCUUCCGACGAGAAGAAAGACUCCCAGCUUCCCCUGAUCACCUAUAUUCAGGGCGGCCCGGGCUUUGGCUGUGCACACCCAGCCAGUAUGCCGGCUACAGAAAUCUUACUAGCCAAGGGCUACAAGAUGGUCUACAUCGACCACCGAGGGAUGGGCCUAAGCAAUACUGUCACGGCAGCGACUCUUCAGAAGGAAGGCGAUGACGCCGCCCAAGCAGAGUAUCUCACCCACUUUCGCGCGCCAUAUGCAGUUUGUGAUCUUGAGGCGAUACGCAUGGCCAUGACUGCGGAGUAUCCGGAGAAUGCACGACAGUGGAGCAUUAUGGGACAAAGCUAUGGUGGCUUUGUAUCCACGAGCUAUUUGAGCAUGUAUCCCGGUGGUCUGCGGGAGAGCUUCAUUUUCGGUGGGCUUCCGCCCGUAAGCGACCGAAGUCCCGACAAUGUGAUCAGAAGAUUUAUCCCCAAGCUCAAGCAGCGCAAUAACCUGUACUACGAGAAGUUUGCCGGAGAUGUCUCGCGUCUAGCCGCCAUCGUCUCCUAUCUCAAGAAGCAUGAUGGCGUGUCGAUGCCAGAUGGUGGCGUGCUGAGCCCUGGGCGCUUGUUGGAGAUGGGCAUAGGCUUGGGCAUGAGCGAAGGCUUCAUCGGAGUUCACGACAAGAUCGUGAGGGCUUCGAAUGAUCUUGACAUGUUUGGGGAGCUGACGCGGCCAACGCUAGAAGCGCUGGCAGACUCGACCUCGUUCGACGUAGCUGUGAUAUAUGCGCUGCUCCACGAGCCAAUUUAUGCGCAAGGCGAGGCCACAAACUUCGCCUUCGAUCGGAUGGUUGCUGAGGACGCUGACUUCGACUACACCAAAGAGAGGUCGAGAUAUGAAUUCACGGGCGAGAUGGUGUUUAGCCGGGUCUACGACGACUACAGCGAACUUCGUAGCUUGAAGAAGGUCGCCCAGAUCAUCCACGAGAAGAAGGACUGGCCAGACCUCUACGACACGGAGCAAUUGAAGCGGAACGAGGUGCCUGUUUAUGCAGCUGUGUAUGUUAACGACCUGUACGUGGCGAUGGAAUCUGCGCUAGAGACAGCUUCGAUCAUCAAGGGCUGUAAGGUGUUCAUGAGCAAUCAGCUGCAUCACAAUGCGGUUAGAGCCAAGGCGAAGGAGGUGGUGGAGGCGCUGUUUGCGCUGAGGGAUGAUGUUAUAGACUGA